CGCAGCGGGAGACCACCUCCCCCGUCCACCUCCACUUCUUCCUCCUCCUGCGUGCACCGACGCGACGUUGCAGCCCACAGGACAUCCUUGCGCGCUGUCAAGGGGUGACUCGAUGCAUCGGUUCGGGCUUAGUACGCUGACGUCGUGUCCUUCUCCUACCACUCAAAAGUUGACGAUAUAAAUUGCAAAUACUUCUCCUUGGACGGUCUGCAUUCAUCUUGAAUGAAAGAUGUGCUCCCACACUGGAACAUCACGGUUGCCCUCCAUCCACAUCCUUCUCUUCCUUGUCAUGCUUCCAGCAUCUUUCUCCUUCUCACGACCUCGGUGGAUUCUUCAACGCGUCCCCGUGGUCCUCCCACAGCAAAGCGAGAGUCGCCCGGCCCCACGCUUCCUGUCCCAAGCCCGCCUUAACGUCAGCUCCGCGUGUGACCCAGAAUGCCACAAAACAGCGCCUUUGCCUAGCUACUGGGACUUGGAGCAAUUUCUGGCUUAUGAGACUCUUCACUCAGACGGUCGACUCACUGAGACCGCCGUCGGGCUCUAUGGUUAUAACUUGGCGUCCAACAAAAGCCCCGCAUACUCCUUGGCGCCGUCUGAGAAAGGCCAACGGUCACAUACCAGACGAAAGCGUCAGAUCUUUGGUCACGAUGGGCGAUACAGCAUUGCAGGGCACAACUUUGUGCUUCAAUAUCCUUUUUCCGUGGCUGUCAAACUGUCCACCGGAUGUUCUGGUACUCUCGUCGGGGACCGGCAUGUUCUAACGGCCGCUCAUUGUGUUCAUGACGGUAAAAACUAUGUGAAGGGUGCUCAGAAGCUCAGAGUGGGCUUUCUAAAAGCCAGACAACGGGACCUACGCUCUUCAAUUUCCAACUUGAGCAACCACGUUGAGAGCGGGCCAAACGUCGGCCCAAUCGUGUCAGAGAAGAUGAAGUUCCAGUGGAUCCGGGCCAAGCGCACACAUGUACCAAAAGGAUGGAUUAAAGGCAAUGCCAAUGACAUCGGGAUGGACUACGACUACGCGCUUUUAGAACUCAAGAAAGCCCACAAACGGCGUCACAUGAAUUUGGGUGUGAGUCCUCCAUCUCAGAGGCUUCCCGGGCGACGGGUUCAUUUCUCCGGGUUCGACAACGACCGUCCGGGACAGCUGGUGUAUCGUUUCUGUCAUGCCGGAGAGGAGACGUCAGACCUGCUCUAUCAGCACUGCGACGCCCAGCCGGGGGCCAGCGGGUCGGGGGUCUACGCCCGAAUGUGGGACGGGCGGCGUCGGCGAUGGGAGAGGAAGGUGAUCGGUGUGUUUUCUGGGCACCAGUGGGUGGAGCGUCAAGGGGCGUCUCAGGAAUUUAAUGUCGCCGUGAGAAUCACACCUCUCAAAUACGCUCAGAUCUGUUACUGGAUAAAAGGCAACUUUGUGGACUGUCGGGAAGGCUGAGGAAGUAUAUAGUUGAUGCGUUAACACCGCUCACAGCACUGACGAAAAAUGAUCUCCAAAACGCACAGUGUCAAUAAAAGUCACAGAUACUACAGUGAACCCCUGCGAAGAUCAAAAAUCCGUCAAUAAUUGAUGACCACCCAAAAGGGUUUUGUAGUCGUCGUGAGAUGCCACAAAAUGGUAGCAAAACACCCCCCCCCCCCCCCCAUUCAACACAGCCUCAUCAGAUGGUGACUUUUUCCAGCAAAUGUGGAAACGUUUCCCGCUUUAAAUGACAAAAAGCUAUUUCUUUCGAGCUGCUCGCAUCUCCCGUCUCUCAUUAGUUUUGCUGUCCGGUAGAUUGCGUAGCGUAGAUAGUAGCCUCGGCCUGUUCCCGGUUUUCCAGAUCGGUUUCAAGAUACUGACAAAAUAAAAGGUCAAUGAGUCCAUCUUUUUCGUCCAUUUGGAUUUUUUUUUUUUUUUUUUGUCGGUAAAGAGUGAACAGAGAUGUUUUUUACACCGACGUUCCGGCCUCUCAAUUCCAGUUAAACAUGGCACACUGUGCACCUGUCCGUAGUUAGGGAUGCACUGAUGUACUGUAAUACAUGCUUGUUUGGUCGCCUCUUAUUCUUUUGCACUUGAUUUUCAUGCAUGCGUAGAUGAGAUCUGCAAGUGGCAUUACGUAUUGAUAGCAGAUGGAUGGAAGAUGGUCAUUCUCAUAUUUUUUCACAAAUCGAUACAAUUUAUUAGUCCUCAUGUGUGCUAUUUUUCCAUGUUACAAUUGUCAACAGGAUUUUAAUCACAUAUUGCUUUGUGUCCCUAAAUGGGUUUGUUGUGCUGAUUUCCAAAAUACAUUAACUUUUUUUUCCCAAAACACAUCAGGUUUUUAAGAUAUUUUCAUUUUUAUUUUUUAAGUUUGACUUACAGAAGCUUGCACAAUGUGGAUUUUAACAUACUUUGUCAUUUAUAGCUUAUGGCUACUUUCAGAAAAAGAAAAUUCUGAACCUAACCCUUAAUUCAUAAAUAUUAAUAUAUUAGAGUGCUAUAUUUUAUUAUAUUACUAUAAAAUAUAUUUGGAACAGCGCAAACAAAUCUGACAGUUAACAUGCAUCUCUGAUUUUUUUUUCAAAUGUAGUAAAAUGUGUUCUUUUGUUGACCACUGUUGUUGACCAAUUUCAAGUAUUGAAAAUAGUUUUGAGAGCAAAUUCACUCUCUCAAGAGCUUGGAAUGUCUGAGCAGUGUGGUAAAAGGCCUUUCCUCAGUCAGCGGGAUCCGUUCACCCAUUAUAUCACCACAAGUUUGAAAGUCUAGAAUUCCGGAUGUUUAUUUACAGUAAUGCACAGUAUAGGUGAAGAUACCUUUGAGUGAGGUUUUUAUAAAUUUUAUUAAAUAGGUAGUUGUCAUGCUUACGUGCAAAAGGACUUGGUCAGGCACAAAGGUAAGUGCUUCCACAAACUUUCACCUACAACAUUGCUUAGUCAGUUCCUCGCUUUAUUUUGUUAAAUCCCUCAUGCUACAAAGAUCUUUAAGAAAGGAGUUGGGGAAGAUGAUGUAUGGACAGGCGUUUGCAUUUUUGGAGAAUUAAUGACUUUCUGGUCAGGCGGUUGACCUACAGUCAAUGGAGACUUCAAUGUGAACAGCUGGCACUGGGACGUGUUCAACUGUUUUAUUUUAUCAGUGGGUGUCAUAGAUAAGUAUUUUUUAAAUGAUUAUUAUGGUCAAUUAGUGAUCCAACAUGAUUUGGAGGUGUUGUGGUAAUUAACUAAAUAGCAAGGGAAAGGUUUAUCCACUUUAACAAAGCGAGUAAACGAAUAGCAUGGCUUUCCCACCCUUCGUCCUCUUAAAAGACGUGAUUUUGGAGAUGCACUGAUUUUGCAUGACAGCGACGAUAUAAAAACUGAAUCGCAGGACUGGGACAAUUACUCUUGAAGUGUGAUUGCACUGUUUGAACUUUUUCUACUGAUCUACUUUUUUGAUGAAUGUACAAGUGAGCUACCAAAGGUGCCAUUUGAUUGAUUCUUAUCGCUAAUUAUAUUCUUUUUAAGGGCCAAAGUAAGUUCUUUACAAGCAUGAUCUAUUCUAUUAUGUCUGCUAAAUCAAAUCUUUAGAAUAUUGCUGUGUUGCUAUUGUGCAGAAUUGUCUUUCAGUGUUAUCACUUACUGUCACGCCCAACCCCCCCCCCCCCCCCACCUCAAAUACAAAACAUUCUGUCUAUUUUUUGGGGAGGCGGGGGGCAUGUUGAAUAUCGACUAUAUUACACGUGAUCUGUCGGAAACCUUCAUUGAAUGUUUUUGCUCCCUCUGGGGGAAUAGCAAUACAUGACGAAUGGCUUUUUUUUUAAACACUUUGUUUCAAUAACCAUUGUUAAAUUGCAUUACUGUACUCCAGAAAUGUAUAACUAAAUAAAAAUGCUUCGGAGAUCUUUCUU